GUAAAAACAUGAAACUCACGAGAGUCGCCACAAACAUUUCCCAUGUCUUAAUCCUCUCUCUAACGCUCGUCGUUUUCGCACCAAACACCCCCAAAACGACAGCCCUUGCGCCAGCGAGCUACGCAAACUACAGGGCGUUCGUGAAAACGGCAUGCAAUUCGACAACAUACCCCACGAUGUGUUACAACUCCUUGUCGCCUUACGCGUCCGCCAUUAAAGCCGAUGAGAUCAAGCUCUGCACCACCGCACUCAGCCUCAACGCCAAGGCCGCGAAGGAAGCCUCCUCAGUCGUGUCGAAGCUUCUGAAGAACGCCCAGAUAUCGUGCGGAUCGAUCCGACGGCCGGAAACGCUCAUCCUCAGAGACUGUCUCGAUGAGAUCAGAGACACGGCCGAUGAGCUGAAGCAAGCGGCGGUGGAGUUGAAGACUCUCAGCCGACGCGGCGGAGACGCGGCGGAGCGUGUGAUGAACGCGCGGACGUUUGUGAGCUCGGCGUUGACCGACGAGACGACGUGUACGGACGAGUUUGACGAGAGGAAAGUCAACGCCGACAUGAAGAAGAAGGUCAAGAAGGCGAUGGUGAAUCUCGCGAGGACCACUAGCAUUACCUUGGCACUCUUCACCGGUUUACGUUAUUGAAUAUAUAUACGUAUUUGCAUGCACUUUUUUUACGUUAAGCUUAGCUUUUUUUUAUAUAUAAAAUGGAACG